ACGCCGGCCAGGUAUGUCUGUAGCCGGUCACUCACCUAUGGCAGCAGCGGCGGCUGUGGCACGGUAGUGGCAGGCGGGCAGCUGGUUGCAAGUCGGUCUUUGGAGUGUCUUUCUCUGACCACUCGCCCGCCACCUUGCAGAAAAAACAUGGAUGAAAGGGGCGUCUCCCCAUUAAAGCACUUUGUGCAGGCGAAGAAAGCCAUUACAUCUAUCUUUGAUCAACUAGUAGAAUUUGUCAACGAUGGGGUUACAUUUGUAGAAGAAACCUAUUGCAAUCCAGAGUUAAAACAAAUAACAACAGAAGAUGAUCUAAAAGAAAUUCAGAGUUUUAAAAGAAAACUGGCUGGAAUUGGCGAGGUCCUGUCCCGAAGACAGAUGAAGGUGGCAUUCUUUGGCAGAACAAGCAGUGGGAAAAGUACAGUGAUUAACUCCAUGCUGUGGGACAAGGUAUUACCCAGUGGUAUUGGGCACACAACUAACUGCUUCCUGAGCGUGGAGGGAACAGAGGGCGACAAAGCUUUCCUGAUAACUGAAGGUUCAGAGGAAAAGAAAAGUGUGAAGACUGUGAACCAGCUGGCUCAUGCCCUUCAUAUGGACAAAGACUUGGAAGCUGGCUGUCUUGUGCAUGUUUUCUGGCCUAAAGCAAAGUGUGCACUUCUCCGAGAUGACUUAGUCCUUGUAGACAGUCCGGGAACUGAUGUAACUACGGAGCUAGACAGCUGGAUCGACAAGUUCUGCUUGGAUGCCGAUGUUUUUGUGCUGGUGGCUAAUUCGGAAUCUACUCUUAUGAACACGGAAAAACAGUUCUUUCAUAAGGUCAAUGAGAGACUCUCUAAGCCAAAUAUUUUCAUCUUAAAUAAUCGUUGGGAUGCAUCUGCAUCAGAGCCAGAGUACAUGGAAGAUGUGCGUAAGCAGCACACAGAGCGAUGUCAGUCUUUCCUGGUGGAUGAGCUGAAAGUGGUAGAUCGUUCGGAGGCUCAAAACCGCAUAUUUUUUGUUUCUGCCAAAGAAGUCUUGAGUGCCAGGAUGCACAAGGCCCAGGGGAUGCCUGAGGCUGGUGGUGCGCUUGCGGAAGGAUUUCAGACCAGGUUUUUCGAAUUUCAGAAAUUUGAAAAACUUUUUGAGGAAUGUAUCUCGCAGUCAGCAGUGAAAACAAAGUUUGAACAACACACUAUCAGAGCUAAGCAAAUUACAGAUACUGUGAAAGCUAUAAUGGAUUUUAUAAACGUGGAGGCUGCUGAUAAAAGGGUGUCUGCAAUAGAGCACAGAGAAUACCAGCAAGACAGGCUGGAGUUUGUGCAGAGCCAGAUGGCGAUACUUGCUGAGGAUGUCAGGAAGCGAAUAAUGUACAUCUCCGAGGUGGUAAACACGCAGGUUUCCGAUGCCAUGAUGGAUGAGAUCUGCCAUCUUUCCAACUUGGUGGACAAGUUUGAUGGAAACUUUCACCCAGCACCACAGUUUCUGAAGCACUAUAAAAAUGAACUGAAUGGGCACAUAGAGAAAGGAAUGGGGAGGAAGUUGGCUGACCGCUGUUCCACUGCAAUCAAUACAUCCAUACAGAAGGCACAUGGGGACAUUAUAGAAAACUUACUACCUUUGCUGCCCCCCGCUGCUCAAAACGAAUAUGGCACAUGCCUGCCAUGCAAGAAAUUUGAUCUCAGCUACAAUCUAAAUUGUGAGAAGUUAUGCUCUGAUUUCCAAGAAGACAUUGAAUUUCGCUUUUCAUUUGGCUGGACAUCACUUGUUAAUCGGUACUUAGGUGCCAAUAAUGCUCGUCUCUUGCUAGGAUUUGCAGAACCAACUUUCCAGAUUCCACGGCCUGUGGCCACCCCCACCGCAACCAAUAAUUCUCUGCAGUCUCCUGAUUCCUUAUCACAAGAGGAAAUAAUGGCUACAGUAAUGUCUGGAUUAGCAUCAUUGACCUCAAGAGGUUCUAUGGGUGUUAUUAUAUUUGGAGGAGUUAUCUGGAGAGCUGUUGGCUGGAAGCUGAUUGCCUGUACACUGUUAGCAUAUGGUAGUCUAUACACGUACGAGAGACUAACUUGGACUUCUAGAGCAAAGGAAAGGGCCUUCAAACAACAGUUUGUCAACUAUGCUGCUCAAAAGCUACAAAUGAUAGUUAGCAUUACCAGUGCAAACUGCAGUCACCAAGUGCAGAAGGAGCUGGAUAACAUCUUUACCCGCCUGUGCCAGCAAGUUGGUAUCACUCAGAGAGAUCUAAUGGAAUCCGUCAACAACCUGUCAGUGAAAAUAAAACAGCUGGACAAAGUUCAAAACCAAGCCAAGCUUUCCAGAAUCAGAGCCGUCCACCUUGAAAAUGAGCUGGAUAACUUUACAAAGCUGUUCCUUAACCAGAACAAGUGAAAAGGUGAAUGGAAGAAGACUUUCUGAGUUAUUCAGACACUUGGAGGACGUGAGUAGUAAACGCUGGAUCACAGCGCUCCACCAUUCAUCAGCUGGGAAUGUUAAUGGUCCGAGAGCUGCAAUGUGAGGCAACAGACAAAAUCCGUGCUGGGAAUGUUCUCAUUUCCUAAUAGAAAUUGGAAACUGUACUCAAGAUGAUAUCCCGUUCAUUUAUCCAGUCUAUCCAGCAACAAGUCGGGUUACAUUUUCUUCAAUGCUGCCAGAAUCUUUAUUACACAAGUUUGCAUUAUUUUGAUAUAAAGAUAAAACCGUAAAAAAAACAAAUAUACAUGUUUUCCUAUACAUCUAAAUUUAAAGUGUGAUUUAGAAAGAAAAAAAAUCAAGCUGUAAUUUAAAUAUUUAUUUUAUUAUACAUAUACUGUAUACUGUAUGUUAGAUAACUAGAAAUGGGUAAGUGGAAAACGUCAGAAUACUGUAUGAAGAGGUGUAAAGGAGGUUUCAGAAUACCAGGGAAACCCUCCACCUUCUCUACACCCAGUGUCACCCAGCUUAUGUACUCACACUUCCCAUUUACUGCAGUAUGUGCAGUCACUAGAGGGAGACUAGCAGUAUUACCAAGAAGCUAAAGGGGAACUCCAGCUACGGCAAGAGAUGUUCAUGAUGCAGCAACAGAAAUGCUCAGGUAUAUGCACUAGAAACUUUCGUGUGCACAUCAGAUUUGUUAGGUCACAUGACAACAAAAAUAACUGUCCGGAGGACAAUUUCUCAGAGCAAGGAUUCCCCCUCUGAGUGCCGUAAAGGGCUAUAUUCAAUGAAUGUCGGAUCCUCUCCGACGGAGAGUGUUCGACACAUCACUAUUCAAUGCUGGCUGGAAACGGCCAGCAUUCCGACAAUGCAGACUCGACUUGAUUACAAGUCGAAUCUGCAUCAGCGGCAAACUGUCAAACAGAAGCGUUUUCGACAGAAACACAUGGAUUGACGAGUAACUCGCAGAUCCAUGUGUUUUUCGACAGUCGAAAAACGGCACUUUCAUUGAAUAGGGCAAAUGCAACAUAAAACUGUCAAAAAGUGCUGUUUUUCCGACUGUCGGAAAAACCGUCAAAAAAUUGAAUAUACUCCAAAGACUUAAAAACAAAGGGAAAUAUUUCUCAAAUCUUCUAAAGAGGACAAGAGGUGGUGUCUCCGAUAGCAACUAAUCAGAUUCUAGCUUUUAUUAGUACAGUAGUACAUCCUGUGAAGUGAUUGUUAGAAUCUGGUUACAACGAGAAACACCUACACUUGACAUUUUUAAAACGUUUGAUUGAUCUCUUCCUCUCCCAGACCUAUAAGGUUAACAUUGUGACAGACUGAGAUGCGGCUGUUUGUGACUGCUAGAGUGAAGUGUCUGCUUCCUGUGCUUUCAGUAGAUGCAGGUGUCACUAUACCAACUUUGUUUUAUAAAUGAAUCCUCUGAUCACAUUUAAAGUGGUUCCCUGCAAUUUGAAAUACCUGCUUUGCCACACCCAGAAACAUCUGUUCACUAUUCAUUACCCUACAGUCUGCAACAAGGUAUUAUUAUGAAUAGUGUCAUGUCAUCACUAGAAAAUGAUAUUAAGAGGUGUUUCCUGAGAACCUGGGUGUAAUGAGAGGGGGGAAGAGGUUUGGCUACUGCUCAGUUAUCAGGGCUUAUUGCAAGUUUACAGUUUUCAUUUCUGAAAUGGCACUGAUUUUUCUAUACAUUGUACCUACAAAUGUUAUCUGUUUGACACAAUACAAUAAAUCAGAGUUUCUUGUA